UUAUACACGGCCGCAUUAUUUAUUCAGGUCGCGUCCACGCUCGUUUGACAAUCGACGUAUUUGCAACAGGUGAAAGUGUCAUCUGCAGUCGGUAUCCAAAGAAAAGACACAAAGCAAAAGCUUUGGGGAAUACGUGCAAACUAACGGCUUAUCUCUGUCCGAUUGAUGUGUGUCUGUGAUACAACACAACAUCUACACGGCAAAAUGCUUCAUUUCACAAAGGAUCAUCUUGUCUAUUGAAGUGCCGAGGGAAAAGAGAAGAAACGAAUCAUUCGUGAUUCGAUUGCACGAGAAUCGGCGCCGUUGCAAGACAAUCAGAUGAAGACGUUACACAAUAGGCGUGUCGUGCGUGUUAACGGCCUUAUGUCGCCAGUCAUUGCAAAAACACCGUAUAAAAAGACGAUUUACCGAUGCAAUAUGCGACAAUAGCAUUUCUGCAAGCGGACAAGUGAGCGAAAAAGAAAAAAAUGUUCCAGUUCUCGACCGUCAUUCUUUUGCUGGCCGGAUGGCUCACACAAACGAAUGCUUAUGGAUUCGACGUUAGCCGGGCUGAGGUAUUACCGAGCCAACCGAACGGGUUCGGCAACUUGAUGCCAGUCUCUUCGGGCACGGCUGGAUCGAUGAGCGCCACCUUCGCCGGAAUCAGUCAAGAACAGAUUGACAGUCAACUUUCGGGACUUGCUACGGGCGACGUCAUUACCAUCAACAACAUCCGCUACAUGGCCCUCAGGACAGAGCACGAUGUUGGCCAAACGGGCCGUCGUGAUGUGAUGAUUCUUGUCCAAGUUGAAGGCUACGACAGCCGUCCAGGUAUCGACAGUUUCCAGGGCGACGGCUACGCUUCGGAUGUUUCACGUCUCCAAGACGUUCCAGCGUCCGUGGGAACAGCCAUGGCCGGCCAAUCCUACGACGCACCCAACAACAGACAAAAUAUUAACACGGACGGAGCGGCCGUGUCUGUUGAGGCAUCCGCCGGCUCUUACUCCGCACCUUAUUCGACGGCCACCGACCGGCAACAGGACGCGGUCGCGACGGCGUUUAAUGGCGGCGCGGCCGUGAAUGAUCCAUCGCCCCCCUCUUCUUCUUAUUCGUCUUCAGCGUUGAUGGCCGCACACAACGGCCAAAGCGAUCAUUCAUCGUCUUAUUCUUAUCCGACGACGGGCAGCGCUAAAAUCCUGCCAACUGAAAGCAGAGAAGACGGACGGGACUACGCCGAUACGAUACCCGGUGUAGCCGGCCGUGAUUAUCCGAUCCUGUCCAAAGUUGGGGCUUCUUCGUUCAGCUGCAACGGACGCCGUGAAGGCGGUUAUUACGCAGAUGUUGAAUCCUCCUGUCAGGUUUACCACGUUUGCGCGCUGGACAAGAGGUUCUCUUUCCUCUGCCCGAACGGCACCCUCUUCGAUCAGCGGGCCUUUGUUUGCAAAUGGUGGUUCAAUGUCGAUUGCGCUUCGUCGGCCAACUAUUACAAUCUGAACGACGCGAUUGGCAUCGCUGAACGGCAAGUCGUUCAAAAUGGCGUCAGCUUUGCGUCUUACGAUCAAGCGGCAAAGUCCGGCGUGUCGCAAUCAGCGACCAAACCAAUUGACGGCCCUCCAUCACCAGUCGUCGUCCAGCCUGUUUUGAUCGGGCCGACAAUCAAACGUCCAUCAGACGGACUGGCAGCCAUCAAAGCUGUCAUGGCCACGUCCACUUAUACUGGAUAGAAAACGAACACACGGGCAAUUCAGUUUCGUUUUGUUUCUGUAAAUGGUGACGGGUAUCACGUAACCUUCGCCAAACUUAGAGACACAUUUUGCACACGUGCGCAUUUUAAUAUAUAGACUUUUUUUGUGUGUGCGUGUCUAUGUAAUAAAAACAAAGGCAAGCUGAUCUGAAUGAGCCAAUUGCGAUGGAAGCUGUGCUGGCUUAAAUAUAUACGUAGUGAAAGUU